AUGACGAGUGGACCGGAAGCAAAGAGAAUAAAACUUUCUUUGGAGCCUUUUAUUGAUAAUAAAACUGUAGAUAUCACAAAUACCGGUCAUGAGAUACUGAAAACUGAAGUGCCAUUGGCAGAGAAAACCAUGCAGAACGUUGAUCGCAUCUGGUUCGAGCGUGGAGAGUGGAAGGAUAUCACAGAGCAAUCCUUAAAAGAAUCGAUUGCAAAGGGAAACGAAAGAGUAGAAGAAAAAAAGGAACAAAAAGAAUCUGCAGAACAACAGCAACUACAAUUACAACAACAGCAACAAGGGCAAAUGGCUCCUUCAGGAAUGGAUAUUGUCAAAUUACGAGAAUCUGUCAUCAAUAAGUUGUUUCAUGCCAAGAGUGAAAUCGACGUAGCGUUAGAUGUCAUCAAUAUAUUAUUGGCAAGUCAUCACGCGUCAACAGCCAAGGAUCUCGUCUUACCUGCAGGAUCGCUCAGCGCAACCUAUGUGACAAAGCCGAAGCCAACGUUAAAAGCAGAAUUGGAGGCUGUUCAGUUGAAUUUAGGAUUGAAAAGAAAGGCAAGUAUGCUUUUUUUAGAUGCUGCACAACAAAGACAAGCAUCCGAGUACCUAAAGAAGAGCGCCAGUGCAUUGAAAUCAAUUAUAGAAAGAGAGCAUGAAUUUUGGGAUGAGGCAUUGAAUGUACGAAGACAUAAUUGGAUCAUGUAUGCAAACACAAACCAGAUGAAUGGUUCUUUUUUAAUACAGUAUGGAUUUGCUGAAGGCAAGAUAAUGCGUUUCCAAAUAGAGAAUAAGAGAUGCUUACCCCCUCUUUUCUUGAAUAUAGCCGGUUCAGAUUUUAAUGAAGCGUCCCUUGGAGAAUUAAAACGCGCAGACGACGGCACACAAUUGUCUGUUGCACAUGUUCAAGCACGUAGGGUUGCAGUGCGUCUCCGUCAUGCAGGCACAUUAUUAGGAAUGACAGAUGACAGCAAAGAAGAGGAUGAAAACUAUGCUGAACCAGAACCAAAGAAUAUCCAAGAUCGAUUAGUACAAGCCAAUUCGACUGUAUUUGAUGCCGAGUUAUUUUCGAAUAUAUUAGCCGAGGCACAAACAUUGAACAGUAAUGUGCACAUAGGCAAUGACCAAGUCGAAAUUAACAUUGAUGGAGAUAUUGACCUGUCGAUAAGCAAAUUGCCAAUAACAAAUGCAGAGACACCACCAAAAGACCGAGCCAUUACAAAUCGCAUGAUUGAUCUAUCGUUAAGGCUACUACUACUGCAACGUCAUAAUUAUAAUAUUUGGAAGACCAAAGCGAAGAUUUUAUCACCAAACCCUAUUGUUCAACAAUCGCUUUCAAAAAAAAGUGACACGAAUAAUGCAGCAAAUGCCAUGGCAACUAGUCACCACCAUCAUCAUACUGUCAUUCCUCGUGCACAGACUCGGGUGGAUCUACCAAAAACAGUACCCAUCUUAUUUCCCAUUAUUUCCAUUACAAAAUUUUGGGUGCAGUUUGACCGAAUACGUCAAGUCGUGCAUUCUAUACUUUACCCUUUUCGUCGCCUAGGCUUUUCCGUACAUUUUAAAGUAUGCUCAGAUGAUAAAGUUAAAUCAUUAUACCCCAGUUAUGGAACUGUAGCACUUUACUUUGACAUUGGCUUGCAUAAAGGUCCUCAUUUGCGAUUCAUACUCAAUCAACAAACAGGAGUUAUUUCAGCUCUUUUACCACAAACAACAGUGGUGCUGCAGCAAGCUUCCGAGCUCCGAGUAUUUUUGUCACGAGAAAUCAACGUCAUGUGUCUAGAGACCAUUUGUAAUGUAGCCAAUGAUAUCAUUCGGCUUCAUCCAAAUUACCAAGCAAGGAUGUUUCUAUGGAAAUUGGAUCGCAUUGAUGAAUCCAUUCACGGCUCACUAUGUACAAAAGAUGGCCAAUGGCAGCAUAUGUAA